ACUGUUGUGAUUGAUCCUCGCUCGCACCUACGCCGCCCUGUUAACCCAGUUUCCCAUAUGUACUUUUCUAGCCAUACACUUUCGCCCCACUCAUGCCUCCAUAUUGCAACCUUGCUUGCGGACCAUGUUCCCAACUUUUGAUCAUCCACAGGUGCAGACAAUAGGUCAACACAGAAGGAAGAGAAGUAUAGAGAAGAAUGCAAAGAGAUCCUCGACUGGAGGCUCCUCGCUGAGUACCUCCAGUAGUACAAGCGGCGCUGCUGCUGGACAACACUCGUUCCUUCCAGGCCUAUCAACAGGAAAGAAGAAGGCCGAAAAGAGCUCCGGCUUUGCAGGUUUCCUGAAGUCGAGAGAGAAGCGUGCGCAAAGUCUAAAGGACUUCCGAACGCCAGACCACGAGACCAAGCCUCUACCUGAGUUCUGCUCUGAGUUUCGGUCUGAGUUUCGUCCAACAGGUCGAGUGGAGCAAGAAGCUUUACGACAAUCCCUCGAGACACUCCGGCUCGACCCAGACGUCUCGUCGGAAGAUGAACGAGAGAUAUAUGCCAUCAAUCGAACCGGAAAAUUGCCAGCACAAAAACAACUACCAUCAUCGAGGCGCCUUCCUCCAAUCCCAGGCACUAAGCCGAAUGGUUCAUCAGCUGCUCCUCUCGGCAACCAACAUGAAUCAGCCGGACGCCUAGGUCUCAACCGACAAAUAUAUAAUGAUGUGCCGAGACGAGGGCCGUCAAUACGGUCCGGAACCUCGGACGCAACGUCAAAGUCUGGAGCAAGUGCAGUGUUUGACCCCAUCUAUUCCGAAGAUUCGAAAGAAAUUUCUCCCAUCUCAGCUUAUUCUGAUACUGAACGAUAUCAUCGCGAACGAGAAUUUCCCUCACCAAAUGACUCGAUGCACAAACGAGUAUUACAGGGCGAAUGGCCAAGAGGUCGCAGUUACACCACCAAUGGUUCCCUGGGAUCGAGAGUCCCUCAUCGGGAUGACGCAGUUGAAUCAAGCGUCUCACGGACUUUGUCUCGCAUGGAAACCGCUGGGCUGAAGAUAAUAGCCACUAGGUUGAGUGAAGAGUGGGAUUUUGAUAGGUACCACAAGGACUAUCACGAGAUUGAGUUUGAAAAGAAACUUUGGGCACUGACAGCGUAUUCGUGGCUAACACAAGGCAAACAAAUACAAAGUCCAACACAUGAGUUGCUCCUGAGCAGUGGUCGCUCAGAGGGGAGGAAGAUAUUGCUUGUGAAUGGAGACUUGGCUACUGGAUGGGUUCUUGCUGCUAAAUAUCCCAAUUGCAACGUCUAUACUCUUUGCUCAGCGAAUUCAACACCAACUCCGCCGACUCACUCACCACCUUCGAAUCACCAUUCUCUGUACAUUUCUCCGUCAGCAACGAACUUCCCCUUUCCAGAUUGUUACUUCGACAGCGUUGUAUCGCGGACAAUGCUAACAGCUGUCACACAUGGAGACCUAUCGCGGUGCCUCAGAGAUUGCAUGCGUGUUCUAAAGCCCGGUUGUCGACUUGAGAUAGUCUCGGUGGAAGCAAACUUGAUGCGAAGUGGACCUUUUACUUCGGUCUGGAUUGACGAUCAUAUCAUGACCCCACUACAAAGGAAUGGCUACUCAACAGAUCCAACAGAACAAAUACGGCAUGCUCUUACCUUUGGAGCUUUGUACACGCCUAAACAAGUUCGCAUUGCACUUCCUGUCGUCGUACCCAGAACAAUAAGUGGGCCUGUGCAAAAUACAGCAAGUUUGAUGACUGUCUUAGGCCAAUACCUGUAUCAAACGGCGUUUGGACAAUGGACCGAGGAUUUUGGAGUACAGUCUUGGUUCUGGAUGAGGGCUGACAUGCGAUCUGAAUGCGAGAGAAUGGGCAGUAAUUUUGCAGUCACUAUCACCGUGGCAGAGAAGCCGUAAUGAGUUCGAGUGUUCGGGUGCCUCACGGUGGCACAAAGGCAUGACUGCACUCUGCCAAGGAAAUUUUACUAUAUCUUGUAUGGAUGUCUAUGGAGGUUCAUCAGCUUCAGGUUCUUCUUUGAUUCACUUCCAACGGUUCUAUUCUUCAUUCCGACUACCAGAAGACAUAGGGGUAGCCGCAAAACGGCGUAUGGUGCCAUUUGUCAGGAUACGAAUCGUCAUCUACUCUACAGGUUAGGGAAAACUGUUAAGACAUGUUUCACUCGGGACUCCAAUUUGGCGUUCCACUAGAAUAUAUAAAGGAAGUUAGUGCCGUCUAUACUUGAUCUGAACGGAAGCGGUUU